AUGGAGGUUCUGCGCCGUUGGAAGGCAGGGUGGGGCUACCCCACCAGUCUGCUGUGUUGCUAUGGGUUCUUUAGUACAGUGAAGCCUAUGGAGCCCUUUCUCAUCCCCUACAUGACAGGACCAGAUAAGAACCUGACAGUGGAACAGGUAAACAACGAGAUCUUCCCAGUGUGGACGUACUCAUACCUGUCUGUGCUGGUCCCUGUGUUUCUGCUUACUGACUGGCUGCGCUACAAGCCUGUGGUGGUUUUCCAGUCCCUCAACCUCUUCAUCACCACGGCCCUGCUGCUGUGGCUGCAGGGCGUGGCAGCCAUGCAGGCCAUGCAGUUCUUCUACGGUGUGGUGACAGCCUGCGAGGUGGCUUACUUCUCUUACAUCUACAGCGUGGUGGAUCUGACGAGGUACCGCAAGGCCACGUCUUACUGCCGCAGUGUCCAGCUACUGGGCUACACUGCGGGCUCUGUGCUGGGCCAGCUUCUCCUCAGCUUCGACCUCAUGUCCUACAACAACAUCCUGGUCUUGACUCUGGUGCUGACGUCCAUCGCCCUGGUCACUUCCUGCUUCCUGCCAAUGCCACGGAGAAGCAUGUUUUUCCAUCGUAGCCUCGGUGAUGACAGGGAGAGGAAACUGUCAACAGGAAUCGCGGCCGGGUCAGAAGGCGGUGAGCUGUCCAGCCGCUCAGCCCUCGAUGAAAGAGGGGGGAGCAGUAAGGCACCAGCCAGGGAAGAGAACAGCAGUGAUGACCCAGUGGAGGCUGGAGGCAGCGAGGAGAGGCCAGCUCCGCCAGGGGGCUGCCUGUCCAUUCUGGUCCAGCUGUGGAGGGACUUCCUGGACUGUUACUCCAGCAGGCAGCUGCUGUACUGGUCCGUGUGGUGGGCUCUGGCCACUUGCGGAUACAACCAGACAGUCAACUACGUGCAGGUGCUAUGGGAGCACGUGGAGCCUUCUCAGAACAUCACAGUCUACAACGGAGCGGUGGAAGCCGUGUCCAAUCUGUGCGGUGCAGCGACGGCCUACGGGAUCGGCUUCACCCAGGUGAACUGGGCUCAGUGGGGGGAGCUGGCCCUGGGGAUCUUCUCCGGCCUGGGAGCCGCGUCACUCUUCCUCAUGACAUACGCUGGCAACAUUUGGGUCUGCUACGUCAGCUACAUCCUCUUCAAGACCCUGUAUAUGCUGCUGAUCACUAUAGCCAUGUUCCAGAUAGCCGCAGAACUAUCAAUGGAGAGAUAUGCACUGAUAUUUGGAGCAAACACGUUUGGGGCUCUGGUCCUUCAGACAGUGAUCACAUCCAUCGUGGUGGACAGCAGGGGACUGGGUCUGGACAUCACCACACAGUUCAUCAUUUAUGGCUCCUACUUCUCCGCCAUUGCCCUCCUGUUCUUGGUGAGGGGGGUGUACUGCCUGAUAACACAGCCACAACACAAGGACCCCCCUGCCUCAGAGCUCCCCCCCAGGCCCCAGGAAACAGGGCGUGCACACAGCUUCUGAACACAUGCUUCCUGAGGACACACUGAGGACUGAGGAAAAACACUUUUAUCCAAUAUUUCCAACCCCACAACUAGGUGAUUUGGUAAUUGUUUUGGUAAAAUCCAUUUUAAUAUAUAUAUAUAUAUAUUUACACAUUAACUUAAAUUUCUGUAACAUCCAAGUAGUGGUCUUCAGUCUCUAGUUUGUGGUUCUUGCCCAUGACAGCUGAGAUUCAGAGGUCCUUUUGGGGGGCAGCUGUUCUUACAGAAAUACUCCUCAUGAAU